CAGUCUUCAUUCCUGACAAGUGUCGCAAGACUCCACUGUACAUGGCUUCAUUCUAUGGUCACAGAGCAGUAGUGGAGCUGCUACUAGAGAAUGGAGCUGAUGUCAGCAUCUGCAGUGAGGAUGGUCUCAGUCCACUCUAUGUUGCCAGUUGUAAUGGACACACUGAGGUGGUGGAUGUUCUGGUGAAAGCAGGAGCUGAUGUACAUCAGGCA